AUGUACCCCAACUACUACCAAAACUCACACAACUACCCAGUGGCGGCUCAAAAUCAGCAGACAGAUGCCAACGGGCAGCACGGUAACCAGGACUACUUACAGUAUGCCGCAAAUCAGUAUUGGACACAGACAGGAUAUAUGAAUAACUACAAUCCACCCGCGCCUCCCGUCCAGACCCCAUUCGAGCCAGUCAACCCGGAUUCCAUUAAGAGCGUCAGAAGAUAUAAUACAAGAGGAAAGGAUAAGGAAGAACCAGAAAAACCGAAGGCAGAUCAAAACAAAGAUAUUUCGCUCUUCGUCACCAGCCACUGCCGUUACACCCCCAUACUAUCCGUCUAUUAUAUGCAAGCCAACGAAAAGAAAUUCCUAAAAUCAUUUGUGUUUAAGGAGACACAAUUCGUUGCGGUCACUGGUUACAAGAACGACGCUGUCAGAAAAUUAAAAACAAACAAGAAUCCAUUCGCUCGACCGGAUUAUAAGGAGGAUUAUAAGGAAGAUUAUAAGGAAGAUGUUGUGGUGAAUUCAGAAAAGGAUUCAACAUUGGAUUCUGGAAUUUCGUCGAUGAAUAGCACUGUGGCGUCGUCAAUUGAGUCACCAACUUCUAGAAGGGAUUCAGGAGUCUCUUCCCAUUCUCAGAAUCAAUAUCAGUUUUGGGCCUCAUCGAUGACUCCAGGACCAUUCAUUAAAGCACGUUGCAAGUUUAAAGCACGUUGCAAGCUUUUGAAAUUUUCACCACAGAAUGCAUUUUAUGAGCCUCUGCUAUGA